GGCCCCUACGGACCAAGGUAACAACCCUUUGAACAUCAGGGCUGGGCUGAGAUCAACAUCCCUGAGGCAUGGCCCCGGCACUCUGACCUCUGGGCCCCAGCCAUGCUGCUGAGGGCGAGUGGCCCAGCCUACCACCACCCCCCAACCUUCAGCGGCAGCACCAGACACUGCCCAUCAAGCAGAAGGCUCUAGACUGCAGUAACCGAGUUGGUCAUCGGUGCUGGGAGUGAGGCCAUUACUUUUUCAGAGGUAUCAUUUCUUCAGGCCUCCAGGAUGGCCAUCCAGUUCCGUUCACUCUUCCCCUUGGCGUUGCCUGGAAUGCUAGCACUUCUCGGCUGGUGGUGGUUUUUCUCUCGUAAAAAGCAUGUCAGCGGCCAGGACAGACAGGUAGAGGCCAGCGCUGUGGAGCUGAGGGCUGGCCACUCCAUCACAGAGCCACUCCCCAUGGAGGACUCCUGUCCCAGAGUAGCUUCCACGUCCCCCAGCGCUGUACCGCCAGCGGAAACAGAGCUGUGGCCGGUGAGCAAGCCCCCCGCCGAGCCCCCGGCCUUGCUGCGGGCACAUCCAGCCUGUCGCAGGUCAGAGUCCUCAGGCAGCCUUCCUAACAGCACAGAUGUGAGAUUUCGGCCAGGAACACGCAGAGAUGACAGUACAAAGGUGGAAUUAGUCCUGACGGGUGAUGAAGCCAAGUCCAUUCCUCCCGAGUGUCCUCUUCCGACCCCAAGGGGUGUUCCUUUCCCCCACGAAGCAGCCGAGGUGUGCAAGCCAGAGUCCCCAUUCAGUGGGCCGCCAGGGCAGGGCCGGCAGGGCCAGGCUGCAACCCCCAGAGAGAAGCCAAGAGAGACCGGUGGGGCGGAAGGCACUGGCGACGCGGUGUCAGGAGAAAACGUGCCAGAAGGGCGUGUGUUGUCCCAGGAGCAGGGCUCUGAAUCGCAGACCGACAAGGUGCCUGGCCUUGCUCCCUUGGGAGGCGCCGGGGAGAAGGGGACGGGCCUCCCGCUGCAGGCCGAGGAGGGGGCCGCGGGGACACCACUGAGCAGCCACAGGGAGUCGGCCCACGUGGAGCUGACGGAGGUCUCCGAGCCGUCAGUGCCUCGGGGCAGCGGCACUGCCUGUGAGGCGCCCUGCCCAGGAGAGCUGGGCCACGAGGGUGCCGCGGAGCACGCUGAGGAGAUGGAGCAGGCUGCCUACCAGAUCGUCUCCAAGGUGAUCUCGGAGGCGACCGAAGAGGUGCUGGCCACCACCGUGGGCAGGAUCAUAGGCCGGCAGUGUCCGGCCUCGGCCACUCAGCGCCACGGGCGGCAGGAGGAGAGCUGCAUGCCAGCUUGCCGGGAAACCGCCCUGGGGCCAGAUGCUGACAGGCUCGCUCCAGCCUCUGUGGUGGCGGAGGCGGCCUCGGGUGUGCCAGACGCUGCUGCCCCCUCGCCAGGCCCGCCUGCGGAGGACCUGCCGCCACCAAAGACCUACGCCAGCUGCCUGAGCAGCCCUCUGUCCAGCCCCAGCAAGGACAGGAAGCCAAAGAACUCUGCACACCACAUCUCCCUGGCCCCCGGCCCACCGCCCCCUGCACCCCAGGGAGAGCUGCUAAAUGAGGCACGCGUCCUGGUGGAAGAUGCGGGAUAUGCCACCUGCACCUCUGACAGCAGCCAGGAUGUCCCCUCAGUGGUCUCCGAGCAGCGCUCAGAUUCCCUCAGCACUACUUCGGGGCUUGAAGACUCGUGUACGGACGCCACCUCAAGCCCCAGGGACAAGGCCGUCAUCCCACUGCUGCCAGAAAGUACUGUGCCCUUCAGCAAUGGGGUGCUGAAGGGGGAGCUGUCAGACUUGGGCAAUGAGGACGGAUGGACCGCGGAUGCGGAAGCAGAUCACUCGGGAGGAUCGGACAGGAACAGCAUGGACUCAGUGGACGGUUGCUGUGGCCCCAGGAAGACUGAUGGUUUCCAGAGCGCCCAGGCAGGCUCCAGUCCUAAGAAGGUCGAUCUCAUCAUCUGGGAGAUCGAGGUGCCAAAGCACUUAGUUGGUCGGCUAAUUGGCAAGCAGGGGCGGUACGUGAGUUUUUUGAAGCAGACGUCUGGUGCCAAGAUCUACAUCUCAACACUGCCUUAUACCCAGAACAUCCAGAUCUGCCACAUAGAAGGCUCCCAGCAUCAUGUAGACAAGGCGCUGAACCUGAUCGGAAAGAAGUUCAAAGAACUGAACCUCACCAACAUCUAUGCUCCCCCACUGCCGUCCCUGGCCCUGCCUUCUCUUCCGAUGACUUCCUGGCUCAUGCUCCCCGAUGGCGUGACCGUGGAGGUGAUCGUGGUCAACCAGGUCAACGCUGGGCACUUGUUUGUGCAGCAGCACACGCACCCUACCUUCCAUGCACUGCGGAGCCUGGACCAGCAGAUGUACCUAUGCUACUCCCAGCCCGGAAUCCCCACCUUGCCCACCCCAGUGGAAAUCACGGUCAUCUGCGCUGCCCCCGGCCUGGACGGCGCCUGGUGGAGAGCCCAAGUGGUGGCCUCCUACGAGGAGAGCAAUGAGGUGGAGAUUCGCUACGUGGACUAUGGUGGAUAUAAGAGAGUGAAAGUGGACACGCUCCGGCAGAUACGGUCUGACUUUGUGACCCUGCCAUUCCAGGGAGCAGAGGUCCUUCUGGACAGCGUGAUGCCCUUGUCAGAUGAUGAGCACUUCUCACCUGAGGCCGAUGCAGCCAUGAGCGAGAUGACAGGAAACACAGCGCUGCUAGCUCAGGUGACAAGUUACAGUCCGACUGGCCUUCCUCUGAUUCAGCUAUGGAGUGUGGUUGGAAACGAAGCGGUGUUGAUAAACCGGUCGCUGGUGGAGCGAGGACUUGCCCAGUGGGUAGACAGCUACUAUGCGAGCCUCUGACACCCGUUCCCACCGCCUCCUGAGUCUCUUGCACUGUUGAUGUUGGGCUGGGCGCUAAGGCAAAGACUUUACAUCAGAAUAACAAACGUCAUCUUCCCCGGAAA